AUGACGAUUCCGGACGAGGUUGAUAUUAUCGUUUGUGGUGGAGGAUCAUGCGGAUGUGUCGUUGCUGGCCGGUUGGCCAAUCUUGAUCAUAACCUCCAGGUCCUCUUGAUUGAGGCUGGUGAAAAUAAUCUCAACAACCCAUGGGUCUUCCGUCCGGGUAUCUAUCCCAGGAACAUGAAGUUGGACAGCAAGACUGCUUCCUUCUACUACUCCAGACCUUCGGAAUGGCUCGAUGGACGCCGUGCUGUUGUACCCUGUGCGCACAUCCUUGGAGGUGGAUCCUCCAUUAAUUUCAUGAUGUACACUCGUGCCUCUGCUUCCGAUUAUGAUGACUUCCAGGCCAAGGGCUGGACUACCAAGGAACUCCUUCCUCUCAUGAAGAAGCAUGAGACUUAUCAGCGAGCCUGCAACAACCGCGACAUUCACGGAUUCGAGGGACCCAUUAAGGUUUCUUUUGGUAACUACACAUAUCCUAUCAAGGAAGACUUCCUUCGUGCCACCGAAUCCCAGGGCAUUCCCACCACCGAUGAUCUUCAAGAUUUGGUCACCGGCCACGGUGCUGAGCACUGGCUCAAGUGGAUCAACCGUGAUACCGGACGUCGCUCUGACUCUGCUCACGGCUACAUCCACAGCACCCGCGCCGUUCACCAGAACUUGCACUUGUUGACCAGCAACAAGGUUGAAAAGGUUAUUCUCGAGGGUGACCGUGCUGUCGGCGUCAAGGUCGUCCCUACCAAGCCUGUUUCACCCGGACAGGUUAACUCCAGGACCAUUCGCGCCCGCAAGCAGAUUAUUGUUUCCGGUGGUACCAUGAGCUCACCACUCAUCCUUCAGCGCUCCGGUAUUGGUGACCCAGAGAAGCUCCGAAAGGCCGGCGUGAAGCCCCUGGUUGAUCUUCCUGGUGUUGGUCUCAACUUCCAGGAUCACUACCUGACUUUCGCGACAUACCGCGCGAAGCCACAUGUAGAGUCGUUUGACGACUUUGUUCGUGGUGACCCCAAGGUGCAAGAGCAAGUCUUCCAGCAAUGGAACAUCAACGGCACCGGACCACUCGCAACCAACGGCAUUGAAGCUGGUGUGAAGAUUCGACCAACUGAGGAAGAACUCAACAUGAUGGACAGCUGGCCAUGCAAGGAGUUCCGCUCUGGCUGGGACUCUUACUUCAAGAACAAGCCCGACAAGCCAGUCAUGCACUACUCGGUCAUUGCUGGCUGGUUCGGUGACCACAUGGUUAUGCCACCAGGCAAGUUCUUCACGAUGUUCCACUUCCUAGAAUACCCCUUCUCUCGUGGAUCUACGCACAUUGUAUCACCAAACCCAUACGAGGCACCCGACUUCGACGCUGGCUUCAUGAACGACAAGCGCGACAUGGCCCCGAUGGUCUGGGGAUACAUCAAGUCGCGUGAGACUGCUCGUCGCAUGGAAGCCUACGCUGGAGAAGUCCAGUCCAUGCACCCAUUCUACGCCUAUGACAGCCCUGCCCGCGCACGUGACAUGGACCUCGCAACCACCAACGCAUACGCCCUCCCCGGCAACCUCAGCGCUAACAUCCAGCACGGAUCCUGGACCCUCCCUGUGGAGAAGGGCCGCGCCCCCGAGCCUACCUUCUUGAACUCCAACCAGCAAGAAGUCUUUGAGGACCUACACUACACUAACGAGGACAUCAAGCACGUUGAAGACUGGGUCAAGCGCCACGUCGAAACCACCUGGCACUCCCUCGGCACGUGUUCCAUGGCCCCCAAGAACGGAAACUCAAUCGUCAAGCACGGUGUCCUGGACGAGCGCCUCAACGUCCACGGCGUCAAGGGCCUCAAGGUCGCCGAUCUCUCAAUCUGCCCCGACAACGUCGGCUGCAACACGUACUCGACUGCGCUCCUCAUCGGCGAGAAGUGCGCCGUGCUCACUGCUGAGGACCUGGGCUACAGCGGUAGCGCGCUCGACAUGAAGGUGCCUAAUUACCAUGCCCCGAGGGAGAUUGCUGGAUUAUCGCGCUUGUAA